AUGACACUACCCGCAGUGAAAGCCCCUGAACUGAAGCAAAUCAUUCACAACCAUCUGUUAAAGAUUAAUAUUCAAGGAAAGAUCCGAGAGGUCGUCGCAGAGACUGUGAGAGAUGAUACUUGUAAGUCAAAUCCACUAUCAGAGGGGGACUUUCUCCUUGCUUUACAACGCCGAGGCAUCGUUGACAGUGUGAUGAAAGACCUGCAUUUAUCUCAGCAAAGGGCAGCAGAAGUGGACGCACAUUCUCCAUCAAUGCCAGCUACAUACUUAUUUAACCACGAUGAGAUGAGGCCAAGGAAAGCAAACAUUGAUCCAUGCAGACGUCAGCUGUUCCUCCAAAUACAAGGGGGAAAGGCCUUUCUGGAGCAUCUUCAGGAACCAGAACCAUUACCUGGGCAGGUGUGCUCCACCUUUACGCUGCACCUGCAUUUCCGCAAUCAGAGAUUUCGCUCCAAGCCAGUGCCCUGUGCUUGUGAACCGGACAUAAAUGAGGGUUAUCUCCUUGAUGUCCACAAAGAUGACCUCGGAGAAGGCGGUAGAAUGGCAGAUGGAACAACAAUGCUGUCCAUCUGUGACCCUAUUCAUUUGGUGUUGAUAAAGACCGACACCUCUAGUGAAACCACACUGGUCUCAUCACAUUUUCUCGACUGGAGGACUAUUCUUAGUUCAACCAGUGGCAAAAUGUGCAUUGCAGUGGAGAUGAUGGGCGUUGGAAGUGAAUGUAAAGUUCCAGCAGGUAUUUUGACUUUGGGUAUUGAGCUCUACCCUCCUCUGACACAGAACAUCAGCCCAGACAUAAUCUCCACACAACAAUCUCUAGAAAGACAAAGGACUGCAGAAAAAGAAAGACUGUUUUUAAUGUAUGCAAAGCAGUGGUGGAGAGAGUUUCUGGAGAUACGUCCUACACACCAGUCCAAAAUGGUCAAGAUCUUUGCACAGGACGAAAACGGUGUGAACAGACCGGUGUGUUCUUACGUCCGUGUGCUCCGGGCGGGACGACUUUUGGAGAACCCCAGACAGGCGGCCCGCUUCGUCAGCCUGCUGGCCCACGAGAGGGCCCCUGUGGUGGGCAGUGGAGCAGGCAAACAUGAGCAGUGGUGCACGCUCCUGGCCUUUGUCUGUCGAGGAAAGGGAGACUGUGAGGACCAUGCCACGCUCCUGUGCAGUCUGCUGCUGGGCUUUGGGAUGGAUGCUUACGUGUGCGUUGGGACCAAGGCCAAAGGAGUUCCACACACAUGGGUCCUGACCAGAGGCACCGAUGGAAGCGUCACCUUUUGGGAAAGCCUCACUGCUCACAGAUAUCUUCACCAGGCCAUAGACCCCGAUGCCCCGCCUCUGGUGCAGCAGCCUAAACCGUCUCACCCCUAUUGCACUGUGGGCUGUGUCUUCAACCACCAGAGCUUUUUAGCAAACUGUCAACCCUCGGACGCUGUCGAGCUCUGCGUCUUUGAUUUUCAGAAUCAGUCGCGGUGGAAGGCAAUGAGCGACGAUGCCCUGAAGUCUGUGUGUUCCCCUGGAUCAAAUACCUCUUUGCCCCCCGUCCCGCCUCUAACCGCGCCCACUCUGGACCCAGCUGCUGUCAGUAACCAGCUGGAGCUGGAGCUGCGCUACCUAAUCUCUGAGCACAGGAAGGACUUGGAUCUGGCCACAGUUUGGGACGACCACUUGUCCUACCUGCUGUCCUCUGCACUGUCGGCCUACGAGUUGGAGCGCUGCACGGGCGUGUCCUGUGGAAACGAGGAGUUCCAGGACGCCGUGAGAAGGGCAGUGCCUGACGGACACACCUUCAAAGGCUUUCCCAUUCACUUUCUGCACCGCAACGCCCGCCGCGCCUUCGCCACUUCACUCCGGUCUCCAUGCUGUGAUGAGAUAGUCUGUUGCCGUGGGGACCAUGUGAGGCUGGCCUUGAGAGUCCGUGUUUUUGUUUACCCUGAAAACGCGUGCGCCGUCUGGAUCAUGUUCGCCUGUAAAUACCGCUCUGUGCUCUGA